AAACCAAGGACUCUUUCAGUUUCACAGGAACGAUGAGAUUUUUCAUAAAGUGACAAACUGCCUUUUAAUUAUUCUUCUUGAAUUUCAGGCAGGCAUUCCACUGUCAUUCGAACUGCCAGCUGGAGUAGCAGCUGAACAUGUCUUCAGAUUUUCUGUUAAAGCAAUCAGUGUUGCGCAAAAACUAAGGGGCAAUUUGACGUUCUUCGUGGACCGUGAGAAUGGUGUGGCACAGGAUAAGCUCGACUUCAUUAUUCUGAUGCCAGCUGUAUCAUUCCUGAUACCAGCCACCAUUACAAGUGAAUCAUAUGAGGUGCUGCUGAGUUCAAACGAUGUUGAAUACAAGUCCUCGGCGCAGUUCACCACUAAUCUUUCCUGGACAUCCGUUUUAAAGAAAAUUUGCUUCUUUGGCCAUUUUAAUGUGGUGGAGCAACAUGGCACAUCAGCAUCGCUCUACGCACAUACAAUCAAAGCGGAGCCGGUCUGUGUUCUCAUCAAACAGCCUCAGGUCGGCACCUUUUUCAGCAUCAAAACCUCUUUUAUCGUUCCUCUCAUUCUGCUUCUCUUCUAG